AUGAAAGCAUUGGUUUCAUCGUACAUAACCAUUGUUACAUUCAAUGAAAACACAGAUUGUAUUAUUCGCCAUCGCGACAUCAACCCAAACAACAUUAUGGUCAAUGCGGACGGAGUUGCCUUUAUCAUUGACUUCGGACAGUCCAAAAAGUAUUCAAUAGAUGGAAUUAUGGAGAGUACACGAACUAAACUUCGAGGAACAGGUGAAUACAGGCCUGGUUUUGCAUCCACAACAGAUAAAGAUGGAAAUAAAAAAGUUAUUUCUAAAACCAAAAAUAAUUGUUAUAAUUUAAAUGAAGAAGUAAUUUAA